UUUCAAUCUCAUUUAUAUAAAGGUUUUGUAUACAACAACAGCUUAUAUAUCUCUUAUACCCCUUUUGUUUCCAUUUGAACUUUGCUUUUAGUAGUUUUAAAUCAUAUCAAUAGCUAUGACGACUGUGGACAGGCGUGUGAAUGUCGACCGUACUGACAAAGGACUUCAACUUAAGCCGCAGUACGAAGAUCGUGUCGGUUAUGGCGCUGGUUACGAUUAUGGUUAUGGUGCUGAUUACAAGAGUCGCGGCCCAUCCACUAAUCAAGUCGUGGCACUUAUAGCAGGAGUUCCAAUUGGUGGGUCAUUACUAGCCCUAGCUGGACUCACUCUAGCCGGUUCGGUGAUAGGUUUGAUGCUCUCCAUUCCUCUCUUCCUGCUCUUCAGUCCAGUGAUUGUCCCAGCCGCUCUCACCAUAGGGCUCGCUGCGACCGGAAUUUUGGCGUCUGGGUUAUUUGGUCUGACGGGUCUGAGCUCGGUCUCAUGGGUCCUAAACUACAUCCGUGGGACGAGUGAUACGGUGCCGGAGCAACUGGACUAUGCUAAGCGGCGUAUGGCUGAUGCAGUAGGCUACGCUGGUCAGAAGGGAAAAGAGAUGGGGCAGUAUGUGCAGGAUAAGGCCCAUGAAGCCCACGAUACUAGUCUGACCACUGAGACCAGAGAGCCGGUUCAGGCAAAGAGGACUUUGGCGUAAGGCAAGGAGGAACCUUCUAUAAAGUUGUGGGUUUAUGUUGGAAAAGACAAUUAUGUAAUUUUCACUUUUGUGUCCCAGUUUCUUCGUUUUUUUAAAAAUAUUUAGUGAAUAUGUGUAAGUUCGUUUUGUUGUGUCCAAAUAAAAUAUUUUGUGAGUGAAA